AGAAAAUAGCAAACGUGUAUUAACAGACGUGUGUCACAUGGGGUGGGAGAAACUGAAAGAACUAACAAACGUAUUCUGUAGGCUCGAGAGAGAGAUUCAGAAUAAGGAUGACGCGUUGUUCAUAGAGAGAUAUGUUAAGGAUUUGGACAGGGAAAGCACGGGGAUAUCGUAUAAGUUGGAUCCUACUAGGAUUCCUGUUGAAUCCAUGACAGAGGAAAGUUACGUCCACUGUAUCGAAAACACGAUCAAAAUAGCUGAGCAAUUAAUAAGGGAAUCCAAAGCUUUGAGAGAGACGAUGUUCAAGAGCAGAGAACAGGCGCGAAAUCAGAUGUUCGCUCAGAACCAGCAAGUGGAGAUGGUGAUGAGAAGACGAGUUUUUGAUAUACAGAGAGCAAGGAAUGAAAUGGAAUGGCAGAAAAUGAAGCUAGAACAAAACCUGGUGAAAUUAGACAGAGAGAUAGAAUCUCUCCGUGCGGCUGUAGCUGAUAAGAUAAACCCGACUAAGUUAGUUGAAACUCGACUAGACGCAAGGACUAGACGACCGGUGUUGGAGAGAGUUCAGGAUAAACCAAUGCGAGGAUUAAUAGAGGAAUACGAAAGAGUGCACACGAGUAGUAAUUUAUUGGAAAAUAAAUUGGAAGAUGCACUCACAACAUACCACGGAAUGUACAACCAUCACCAACGAGUCACAAAAGACUUACAAUACAAGAACCAAGCGUUGGAAACGGAUAGACGUUUGAUUGAAAUCCGUAAACCGUUACAUAGCGCGGAUGAUACUGAAUUUAAACGUAAUAUGGGUUAUUGUCAUAUGAGUGACGAAUUGGUUACCGAUUAAAACUAUUUGUUGGUAUAAGGAAGCAGGCGUGGUCCAUUCCAUCCUUUACAUACCUACUCGUCAAGUAAAAAAGACCAUACGUCUACAUAAUAUACUUUACAAAAAAAAAAUUUUUUUUUCCUCAAAAUUUUCGCCAAUAAAGUAGACUUUUUUUUGUUAAAAAAUCUGUGUAGAUAAAAAUGUGCCUUGUGACAAUAAAGCCUAAUUUACGAACUCAACCAAGGCUCAAUAAUAUUGCUGAAAAAAUUAAAAAAAAAGUUGAGACCGCCUAUCCGGAAGUUUUAUAAAGAAAAAAAUUACUAGUACGAUAAACUGAAGAAAUAUUUUGAUUAUUAUUACUAGGUACGACGUAAUAAUAGCUCAAUGCAUUAGGAUAUUCUUAGGCACCAUCUUCUUAAAAUUGACUUUAUCACUAUUUUUUAUUUUACUUAGUGUAAUAUUAAGUCGGAAUCUGAGUGUAGUAUAAUUUAAUGAUAAGGUAAAAUAAAAAGGCAUAUGAAAAAGUAAUAAUUUAAUAAUAUUAAUUAUGUAACAUGAUGUGCA